CAAGAGUAAGGUUGGAAGUGACGGUGAAAUAUAUAAUUCAAAAUUAAGUAAUUUUGACUUAUAUCGGAAGUGAAAUUCAAAUAUUUAUUUCUUCUACUGAAUAGUGCAUAUGCAGUGAGAAUUAGUUUGUGUAAUUUUAUAUAACUUUCCUCAUUUACAUAUGCUUCAGUAAUAAGAUCAGUGAUCGAUAAUAAGAUUGAUAAAGUUCAUGUGCAUAUUCGUGCGUGUAUAAAGUGUGUCUUAUUUUGCAGUUAUUUUAAUAGCUUAUCAAAUUUUUCUAAUAAUGGCUGAUAUCAAGCUCAAAAAUUUUAAAAAUGAUUCAAAUUUCAAAACUGCAACAAAUGCAUAUUUAACAUCACCAAUUUUCAUAACAUCUCAUAUAUCAAAUGAUGAAAUAGAUAAUAUCGAUUAUCAUUUUGAAAUAGCAAGACUUCAAAGUUUUAAAAAUUGGCCUGUGUCAUAUAUAGAACCUAAAAAACUUGCAGCUGCUGGAUUUUAUUAUACGGGUGAAUGUGAUAAAGUUAGAUGUUUUGAAUGUCAAGUUGAGAUAUGUCAAUGGGUGCGAGGUGAUAUUCCAAUGGUUGAUCAUGAGAAAUGGUCAGCAAAGUGUAGAUUUAUUUGUAAAAUAAAUUGUGGUAAUGUACCAAUAGAUCCUAAUACAAUGGUACAACCAAGAAGUAGUUCUUAUUUAGAACAUCAGCUUACAUCUAGUGUUGAUGAUUAUUCAACUGAAUUACAAUUGCCAAGAAUUGUUAAACUUAGCUGUUUAAAUUUGGAAGAACCUAAGAAACCUGCAUAUCCUGAAUAUGGUAGUUAUGAUGCAAGGCUAAACACAUUUUCAACAUGGCCAAGCUUCAAGCUACAAACAAAGGAACAAUUAGCAGAUGCAGGUUUUUAUUAUACAGGAAAAGAUGAUCAAACCAUAUGUUAUUAUUGUGCAUGUGGUUUAAGAGACUGGGAACCAGAAGAUAAACCUUGGGAACAACAUGCAAAGUGGUUUCCUAAAUGUUAUUAUUUGUUAAUGGUUAAAGGACAAGAUUAUGUGAAUAAAAUAACAGGCCAACAUAUACCUUCACCUUCUACACAAGAAACAAGAUGUACGGAUAGCAAUUCAGAAUCAAGUUAUCAAAAUAAUAGUAUAGAACCUAGUAUAAGCAAUAUAGAAUCUAUAACAGAGAAUAUGUCAAAUAGAAAAGUACAAAAUAAUAAAUCUGCAGAUGAUGCAAGGAUAUGUAAAAUUUGUUACAAUGAAGAACUAGAAGUAGUAUUUUUACCAUGUGGACAUGUGAUUUCUUGUGUAAAAUGUUCUUGUGAUAUGAAAUCUUGCGCAAUAUGCAGAAAACUUAUUACAAAGACUGUACGGAUUUUUUUCUCAUAGUAUUCUAUAUAUACAUUAAUAGUAUUCUAACAAGUAUAGAUAAAAAAUCAUUGCAAUAUAUUUAUGAUGAUACUUUUAAUUAUUUUUAACAAAUCGUUUUAAUAUGAAAGAUUUAUAAUCCGUCCAACAAAUAAAAUCAGUAUUAAAGAAAACAUUCAGAAUUCAAAAUAUGUGAUAUAUUUGAUGAUUUCAAUUCAGUUUUUUGCAUUCAAUUAUUAACUGGUUGUGGACAUACAAAAAAAUAUGUUUUACUGUAGAUUCACAGCUUUAGUCAAUUAUUGAUAAGAAAAAUCUUUAAUAUUAAAAUAAGAAAUUAUUAAUUAUUUAAGGUAUAUUUUAUAUUUUUAUUUAUCGAAUUAUUAAAGUUAAUGUUUUUAAAAUA